GCUACUGCUGCUACUGCUGCUACUACUACUACUACUAAUACAUUAUUAAAAAGGCAUAAGCCUUAUGAGCCUGGUUUAGCUUCUUCAAUUGCAACAACAACAACAACAACAAACAAACAACAACAACAACCUCAACGACCCGCUCCUUUACCGCCUGCAGUUGCCUCAGCAGUUAUUGCAGCAUCUGUUGUUUGUUCACCUCAUUACUCUAAAAGUCAACAACCCUUAUUUCAAUCCGUUCCUGAGGCAGCACUUAAUCGACGUUCUGUUCGUCUUCGUCAUGUUCAAGUUCAAACAAACGAAUCACUAUCCUCUAAAGAAGAAGACAUGAAUAAUAAUAAUAAUAAAAAGGCGUGUCCACAUUGUCGACAAGUCAUCUAUAAUAACAAACCUUUCCCACCACAAAAGCGACUUUCAUCUCCACCCGUUCUUCCCUCGGGCCGUCUUCUUUCAGUAUCCAACAAGUCAAUAACAACAGAGAAUAAUAAUGACAUAUUAUUAGACAUGAUCAUGAAGUUAAAGGCACAGCUUGAUGAAGAGAAACAAUGUCGACUCAAGUUGGAAAAGGUGAUACAACAACAACAAAGGUCCUUUGAGAAAAGAGAAGUAUUAGCUAAAGAAAAGGAUAAAUGGGCUAAUGAUCGUCUUUGGUUAAAUGAUCGUAUUUCCUUUUUAUUACCUGAAUAAUGUAAUACAAAGCAAGCGCAUACUUUAUACAUGUAUAUGGUAUAUGCUUAUUAUUAUUAUUAUUAUUGUUGUACUAUUCUUUAUCUAUAAUAAAUAACUGGCUUAUUAUUUUGC